CGUUACUCUUCUCGACCAGACAAGGGACAUCUUCCCUUGAGGCCUGACUUGCCUGAACAACGCAUGCUCAGCCCUCCCUUUCAGACCACAUCUGGCUUUAAUAUCGGCUGGGCAACUCAGAUUCCUGUCAACCAAUCGGCUCGCUUGGGUCAAGUGUCUGAACGGCCAGCUUUGACUUCAUCUUUUUCCAUCGGCCGAUAUAACGAGAAUCGCAAUAACACCUUGACUAUCUCUUCAUCUUUGCGAAAAUUGUUGCCAGACCCGCGUUGCAUACACGGCUGUUAUCACAGUCCAUAUUGCCUUCCCUCCAGCAAACAUUCCGGUUUUAUGCAGAUCUGCGGAAAGCCGGGAUAUUCCAACUCAGCUGGUCCUGCUUCCUUUAUCAAAGAUCGCUUCUUGCCCUCGACAAAUGAACGGGCCCGGUGUACACAUCGAUGUUGGCAUUCGGCCAGCUGUUUGCGUCUUGCAAGUCGUGGGAGCAACGAAGGGCCGCUCCAUUUUAGAAGAGCUACAGCAUUGAAUCAAAUCUCAAACUCUGCUCUUACUCUGAACAAUCUGGAGGACUGCAAAAAUAUGCCCUUAAUCCGCCUGAAUGACGAAGCGGGUGAUAAGGCGGUUGCCUAUGCAUUCAUAAGUAACAGUCUCUUAGAUGCCAGUCCUUCCAUCAGUCUACCAGACCUAUCCAAGCUGGACCAUUAA